AUGGACACGCAGCUCAUAGAUGCCACCCCUGAAGUUGCGAUAAUCAAAGAAGAAGUGUGCUCUCCUAGAGCUCACAACGCCAGCGACAUCGAGUACCACUCAGGACAUCGAUACUACGCUGCACUUAAGGACAUGGAUCUCUCACCGCCAGUAUUCCGCAAUACACACACAACGCUGUGCAACGAAGACGCUCGCUUUAAAGCGGGAUUCAACUUCUGCUUACCAAUUUCUGGACGGAAAGACACACCGUUUUGUCUCGCUGCGGACCGUAGCGACUUACUUCAUACCCGCUCACACAAGUCAAUCUGUUACGCUAGUGUGUUGCACAUGUUGUUGGUCGAGGUCUAUGAAGAGCUACAGGCGACCGGGAAUACUCCUCUGAUCAUCUUUGGCUCCUUAUUAGGAGCUGUACGGAAUGGCUCGAUGAUCCCGUUCACUGAAGACACGGAUAUCGGAUAA